UGGAUAUGGCGAUGGGCCGGCCUCUUCUUCUGUUCCUUCUGUGGGUGCUCAAUCUCGGGGAUUUUAGGGCCCAAUGCCAAAAACGAACUCCAAACGGGGCCAAGAAAAGCCAGGCCAGGAGGAGGCAGUUGGCCAAGAAGCGAGCUAAGCCUGCAAAUCCCCCUCCAUCUUCCGUGCUUCGUUCCCAUUUCACUUCACCAAAGGAGCAGGAGGAGGAGGACGGCGGAACGGUGGACGCCUCGGAGAAGCACACUGAGAAGGACGAGGAGGGUUUGAUCGCCGCUUGAAUGGAGGAUGAGGAAGCAAAAGCAUAAACGAAUCUUGAAAAGUUGAUUGAACGGACGGACCGACGGACGGACUGACGUCGUCGACCCGAAGUUCUGCUCACUCCUUGUGGCGGUAGUGAAGUGCUCAGAAUCCUCGUCGACGCGACUUGGGAUCAACAUUCUUGGGUUGAUCUUGGGGCCCACCAAGCCGAUCACCGACCGAAAACCAACCAACCGACCUUGGUUGACAGAGGCUCUUCUGAUCAUCAUCAUCCAUGCUAAAGGGGGUGAGGAGAAGGAGAAGGAGGAGGAGGACACUCUGGAAGGAAAGUGAACCUAGCGUGUUGUACUGGUUAUUGACAUCGAUCUCAAUCCUCCAGCCAGUUCCGUUUGUCAGGAUGUAACUGAGUGUGUGGUGGUUCCAGUGCUCAAUCGCCAAUGAGUGAAACACAAUCGUUCGCGACAAUACAAAGUCAGGUGUCAAAGUGGAUGGCAAAAUGAUCCCCUCCAAAUCAUCACCAACUCCACCAUGUGUGCUUGGUAGUGAGUGACUCACAGCCCCAAAUACAGGCUUCCCAACCAGUGUUGAAUCCCUCCUACGCCAAUUCCCCAAAACCAGGAGGUUCUUCUGCUCAUCUGUUGGCACACAACGUGCUGCAAUCCAGCUGCGUCCAGAUCGUCGUCGUCCCGCCCUAAAAAACAAGCAAAAUUCACUUGCGUCCAACGAAAAAUCGGGGAACAAAUCAUCAACAGUUCUCUCGUGCCUGUGGAAGUACUUGUGCCAGUUCCAGAUCCCUGUAUUGCUCUUUCUCUCUCUCUUCUCUCCUCCCCUCCCAAAAAAAGCCCAAACAAACACGGGGGAGGCAAGCGUGUGAGCAGAUUGAUGAACUUUCCGUAAGUCCGAAGGCAAUCGCGCAGCUAACAAUCCCUUCACUCCGGUACAGUAAUACCCUCUAUGUAGCGACCGCCAAUCAGGACGACAUUUUUUCUGUGUGUUGGAGGACGGCGGUGAGCGAGCUGCUCAAGGAUUUGAAGGAUAGAGAGACGAGAGCAAGCAAGCAAGCAGCCUCUGAUUUUUUCGUGAGGUUCUGCCAAAAAUCGCUCCUCCGUUUCAUGGUCACCCCCCUUCCACACAGACACACGGAAAGCCUACUUUCACGGGAUGAUUCAGUUUCUUCGUACUCGGAACACGCUCUAAGUCACCUGUCGUGGCUGGCAUUCUCUCCAAUGUGGAGAUAGAUAUCUCUUUCAAUAACGAAUCCGCCCCCACACUAGACUGGUCAUCACCAUUCUCCUUGUGAGCUUCAGGUGCUUUUCAACGAAAUAAGCUCACAUCAUGUCAGACGACCACCGCCCCUCCCAGGAUCCCCAGUGCUCUUCAAACUUGCCCAAGCGACCCAUCACCUCCAAAGCAAAGGCCAAAAUGUGCUCCAGGACCAGAUGGAAGCAGAGCUCGUUUCAGUGUCGUGAAGUGCUUCUGGUGGUUUGGCUCAGCCUAACCACCACCACCUGUGUGAAUGCUUUCAAUGUGGAUGUGAAUAGCAAAGUGAUCCACAGUGGGCCUCGAGGGGCCUGUGAUCAAGAUUGCAUGUUUGGAUUCGCCGUGGCCCAACAUCGGGAAGGUGGAACACCAUGGCUUCUGGUUGGCGCUCCAACCGCCGAAUCCGGACAACCUGGUGUGACCAAAGGAGGCGCCGUGUACAAAUGCAAGCCGGAUGCUCCGGGCUCUUGUGAUCAAAUUCCUUUUGAUAUUUAUGGCAUGUGCUCCUCGUUAUAUCUAUUAUAUCUUUAUGAACCGCAUGGAUCCGGUGGGCAUGUGCAUCACGAGCCGGCGGAACUUUACGGAAGUCCGCGCCUAUCGGCCUUGCGUUGAAUCAGGCAAUUAUUUCAACAGCACUAUACUGGACGCUUCAAACUAUAAGAUAGUUGACAUGGAAAACUCUGAUUUCUUUCGCUUGGAGUCCAUUCACAAUGCUAGUGAGACGCUCCAUGUUGUAUGCGAUUUUUCACGCUGGGAAGGCAACUCACCGGGACAGCAUACCCAGCGUGACCACUGUGAUGUGGUUCAGAAAAACACCCAUGGAGAAAAUGUACUAGUGGGAAAAUGGGGCUACCAUCGUCAGGGAUCCUGUCAAGCUGGAAUUGGAGGAGCAGUCGCGGAAAGUGGGGAACAAAUGUUUGUGGGAGCGCCUGGUUCCUGGUAUUGGCAAGGCCAAGUGUUUUCACUUAACACCACUGAUUCACACAUUUUCCGAAGACGAGGGGGCAACCCAGGAUCAGGGCAAGUGUUCUCCCAGAAUUUGUCUCAUUUGGCUGAUCAACACAAAACGGGCGAGGGAUCACCCAAUGACGACGAUUCUUAUCUGGGCUAUUCCGUCACCACUGGCGAGUUCAAUGGAGAUGGUGACAAUGCCGAUGUGGCUGUGGGGAUGCCCCGAGGAGCCAGUCUAACUGGCAAGAUUCUGAUCUACAACUCCAAUUUGACCAAUCUGUACAAUCUGACUGGCGAUCAAAUCGGAGCCUAUUUUGGAUACUCGGUGGCAGCUGGAGAUCUAAAUGGAGAUGGGCUCGAUGACCUCAUCAUUGGAUCGCCCAUGUGGACAAACUACGAGAUCAUGGGGAAGUAUGAGACUGGUAGGGUCUACGUUGUCUACCAAGACUCCCAGCACAAGUUCAAAAAAUUCGACACUUUGGAUGGAGAGAAUCAUAAGGCCAGGUUUGGAUUGUCAGUGGCUUGCGCCGGUAACCUUAACCUGGAUGGGAUGACUCGGUCCCAUCCCAAAGGCAUUGAGGAUCUUAUCGUGGGUGCCCCCUACGACGGGGCCGAUCACAGGGGAGCCAUUUACAUUUUCAUGGGAUCCGAGGAUGGGAUCCUUGGGAAAUUUGCCCAGGUCAUCCGCGCAGCAGACAUUAGCUCGACAAUUAGAACCUUUGGGUGGUCAAUUUCCGCUGGGAUGGAUCUGGAUAAGAACAAAUAUCCGGAUCUCCUGGUGGGUGCGUACGAUUCCAGCAACGCGGUGUACCUUCGCUCAGCACCAGUGGUUCAUCUCGAUUCUAAAGUGAACAUUUUGCAAGGUAACAAGCAAAUCGAUUUGGAAAGAAAGAAAUGCACCCUCAGCGAUGGACAAACGCGGGUUCCAUGUGUGAAUGUGAGUGUCACGAUGAUUUACCAUGGAGAAGAGGUUCCAGAUAGCAUUGAUUUGGACCUUCAGUACGUUUUGGACGUGAAAAAGGAUCACGCCAAGCGGAUGUACUUCCUCGACAAAGAAGGGCACAGUUCACGCAACAAGACCAUCACCAUCCAAAAGGGGAAACCCUUCGAACACGUAUUCAUGGUCUAUCUUACGGCUGCUCCAAUCAGUGACAAAUUGACCACUCUGGACGUCCAAGUUCGCUACUCGUUGAAGACUAGCCAAAUUGGCUUUGGAAGCUCCCGUUCCCUCAUGCCUGUGUUGGGUCAAUUUGAGAAAAUGGCUAUAGACAGUAUUUCAAUUCAGAAAGACUGCGGCACUGACAACCUCUGCAUUCCCAAUCUGUCAUUGAAAGCCUCCCAAAUGGGAACCUAUGUGAUUGGAAGCGAUGAGAAGCUGGAAAUAACCGCAGAGAUUACCAACACUGGUGAAGAUGCCUUUAAUGCCAUGUACUACUUGCAAAUCCCUCGUGGCAUCAAUUACAUCAAUACCAAUUCAAGCGAAUUAACCCCAUUGUGCUCGCCACCUACAAUCCAGAACAAUCGGACCCUGAAGUGCGAGAUUGGAAAUCCUCUGCCUGCCAAUUCUGAGUUGACUCUUAAUGUCUACCUCCAACCGACCGAUGACGAAGACGAAGACCAGCUUUUGAAUCAAUAUGACUUUGAAAUGGCUGUCAACUCGUCCAAUCCAGAAAAUGGUUCUGACAAUCAGGAUAACCGACGGCUUAUUCGAAUCCCGGUGACAGUUUCCACGGAUUGGCGAGUCACUGGUACUUCAAAACCGAGUCAAGUGGAAUAUAACAUCUCCCAAGAGAUUCCCGACAAAUAUUAUUUCGAAGACGAGCUCGGGGAGGAGGUGUUCCACGUCUACGAUGUGAAGAACCGAGGACCAUCCACCAUUAAAGAAGCAGAGGUGUUCAUCUUAUGGCCAAGUUUCAAUGACAAUGGGGACCAUCUGUUGUACCUCUUGAAUGUGGACUACGACCAUAGCAAGGCGAAGUGCGAUUCCAUUGAUAACAUUAAUCCUCUUUAUGUCAAGACCAUUGGUUCUCGAGGCUAUGCCGCUGCUCAAGCCGGUGCAGCUGGAGAGGGUUUCAGCCGUUCCAGCUCCUCGUACCUAAGCGGCAGUGGCGCCAAGUUUGGGGCAGGAAGCAGCGGUGGCUAUUCUUCAUCAUCGUCAUCAUCAUCGUCGUCGUCGUCUUCCUUUGGAGGUGGCCGUCAGUCAUCAGGGGGAUAUUCAUACGAAUACUCAGGAUCAAGUUCCAACUCAGGAGGCUCAAGACAGGGUUCCAGCUAUGGAUCUGCAGGAGGAGCAGCCGGUGGAGAGACCUCUUAUACUUAUGAGUCUAAAUACUCGUCAUCAAAUGCCAAUAAUGGAGGAAGAGAUGGUUCAUACGGGUCCGCCGGAGGAGCAUAUGGAGGAUUGGGUUCAGCAGCAGGAGCACAAGGUGGAAAUUAUAGACACGGAUCUCGGUUCGGAAAUACCAUUCAAUACUCUGGUGGUAGCGAGGGGAGCAGUAUUGUUGCCGAGGGAGCAGAGGAAACUAAAUUGUCUGCAAGUGAGGGAAGCAAUCUUGCAACAGGAGCUGGAACUUCCAGAGGUUCCACGUGGAAUGCUGGGGAAGCUCGAAAUUCGUAUGAUUAUGAGCGGCAAUAUGAAACCGAGUACAACAAUGCAAGGGGUGGUGGUGCCCAAGGUGGACGACAAGGGGAAGGAGCUGGCUCUUAUGGAGUUUACAACCAAGGGGGGUCAAGUGAAUCCAGUGGUUCCAGCCGAGGAACGGUGUCCUAUUCUGGUUGGAAAUUGUUGGACAAUGGAACCUACAUCAGAAUCUACGACGGUCGAAGAGGAAGUGCCCAAGGAAGAAAUGAAAUAAACUUGGGAGGCCGGACAGGAUCCAGUAGUUCAGGCUCCGAUAAUAGCGGGUGGGUCCUCCAGCCAGACAACUCUUACAAGAAGACUCAAAGCAAUUGGUCCUCAUGGUCAAGUGAAUCGUCAAGAGGAGCGACAGGCGGGGCCAAUUUGAACAACCAAGGGGGAUACACUGGCUCUGCCCAAGGGUCUGGCUCUUCAUAUGGUUCUGCUUAUGGUCAAAGUGGAUCAGAAACUCAACUGGGAGGAGGCUCAAUCUCUCAAGCAGGCGGGGACAACACGAUUUUCAAUGCUGCUCGUGGUCCUGGCGAUUAUCAUGGAACCAUGCGAAAGUCCGAACUAGAGAAUGAGGCUGGAGGGGCUGUGUUUUCUGCCACAGGUAGUGAAACAAGAAAUCAAGUCGAAAAUACCAGGUAUCAAGGCAAUGUAGAUAACUCCUAUCAAGGAUCAAGCAGAGGGUCCUAUCAAAGUCAAAGUGGAAGAACUAACACUGGAUCAGCUGGUUCAUAUCAAGGUGGAUCACUUGCAGGUGGAUCAUAUAACUCUGGGUCAUACCAAGAAUCUAGUGGCUCAUCACAGCCUGGAAACACGUUCAGAUCCAACUUCAAUUCUGAAACGGUGUCUGGAAGUAACGGAUUGUCAUCAUCAGAAACCUCAUCGGGCAGCUCCUUGUCUUCUGGCUCCUCAUCUUCGGGAGCAACUGAAGCUGCUGCUCAAGGCAAAUGGGUUUGGUCUGAAGCAAAUAACCAAUGGGAAUGGAAAGAAUCAAUUGCUGCCUCAUCAUUUGCGAGUGGAUCAUCCAAUAAUCUCUCUGGUAGUUCUAGUGCUUCUUACGGAUCUCGGUCUGGUGGUGCCCAAAUCAACCAGGGUUCCUCUCAAUCCUAUACUGGAGACUCUCAAAUCAGUCAGGGAACUUCUCAAUCAUACUCAGGAGGCUCCCAGAUCUCGCAAGGCAAAGCUGGUGGUAGCAAUUACAAUGAAGUUGGUGGUGGCUUUGACGGGCCGGGCCCAUUCAAUCCGGGGGGUCAACCAACGGUUGUGGAGGGCACUUAUGCCGAGGCAAAGUCUCGAGACGGCAGUGGAACGAGCUACCGCGGGCCUACAGGUCGAUUUGGAGCUGUGGCUAAUGAAGGCGAAUACCGAGGACUCAACCAAGGAGUCCAGGGCCAAGCAGGCUUUCAAAGAUCCCAAGGAGGCUCCAGGGGACAAUCUUACAGAGGCAGUAGUUCGUACCAACAAAGCGGGUCUCAGGGAGCUCGCCAAGGUGAUGCCAGAGGAUCUACAGAUCAAAACGGAGCGUACUUUAGGUCUGGUCACAUAGGUGAGGAAAAUGCAGUUGACAACCAAGUUGAUGGCGGAUCAUCCAGUGGUUCAAACGACUCAGGCUGGGUGCUUCUGAACAAUGGUACCUACGUGAGAAGGACAUCCGCCUGGUCAUCACAAUCGUCCUAUCAAGGAGGCGUGGAUGUUAGUCAAGACGAGAUGAAUCGCCUGAACCGCCAAAAUCAGCUCCAAAACGAAGUACAAAGUCAAGGGGAGAUGGGCUAUGGUGGCAAAAAUAUUGAGGAUGGAGAUCACGGUACCAAUUCCACGGGAUGGAUCCGCCAGCCUGAUGGAACCAUGGUGAGGAAGAGCUCUUCCUGGGCCUCUUGGUCCAAGACUGUAGCAGGGGACAAUUACGACCGUAAUGAAUUGGAACUCAUCAAGAGAAGAUUGGAAAACCAAGCUCGCUCUCACUUGGGUCAGGUUGAGGCCAAAGUUGCACCGAGCAAUAUUGAGCCUGGAUUUGAAAGUCAACUUGUCUCAGGCCAGCAGAGACGAACCCGGGUCAAGCGCCAGUUCGAUGAACAAGAUCUCGAUGACGCGAUCAGUGAUUGUUUUCCUAGUCGUUGCACCAUAAUGCGGUGCACAGUGGGCCCACUUUUGAAGGGCGAUAGUGUUCUUUUCAAGAUCAGGGCACGACUUUUCACCGAGACCCAAAUAAAGAAUUAUGCGGACAAAGUUCAAAUCUCGUCCAAACUAGUCACAAGGAUCACCCGUCUUCCUCAUCAGGCUGAUGUGUCUCGAAUUGAAUACCAAACCCAUCAAGUGACGACUGAGGUGUUCCCCAGUGAGCUUGCAGAGGGUUCCAUUCCGUGGUGGGUGUGGUUAUUGGCCGCCUUGGGCGGUCUCCUACUCCUCGCUUUGAUCAUUUUCUGUCUUUGGAGAUGUGGCUUCUUCAAGCGCAAACGCCCCACCGACUCCCCGGAGAAGCAACCACUCAAUCGCAACGGAUAUCAUUAACAUUAUUACUGACUCAUAGACUUUCCAAGAAUUGAAUGCUCGACCCACCCAGGCAAUCACUCACAUUCUAAGUCACACCCACUUUGUAUAACCCCACUACUUGUCUAACAUGAUUGCCGGAUUGAAACUCCCCAUGCACGGGCAUUGUGUACAUUCAUCAUCCAUAGAUCUGGGGGGUCGAGUGCAGAUCAGAGACUCCGUACGAGGAAAUGCAAUGACAGUUUUAGCUUUUAAUCCAAGUCCACACACAUUAUCCCCUUAAUCUCAUCCAACCCAUACGAAUCCUUGAGGUGCUAUCUAUAUAUUUUGUUUCAAAACAAUUGAAACGAUGCCCAAUCCUAAACGAGAUAUCUGAGUCUCGCCUAAAGUUAGUGCUUGAUUUGAUCUUGUAAUCAAACAAUGCAGUCUGACAAGAAUGACGACAUCACCACUAAGAAUCUACAAUCUAGUGUCAAUCUGUGAUUUAAUCCUAACUGCCCCUUCAAAAUCUUAAUAACUGAUGUGCCAUGAAGUCUCAUGAAAUAAACAUUAAAACACUUAGGA